AUGCGCUCUGGCUCUUUCUCUUCCGAUGUCACAGCUGUGGCUGAUGAGGAUUGGCGAGUAAGCGAAGAAAUCGACUUUAAACUACAUUUCAAAGUUGAAGAAUUAAUCGGCAUAGAGACACUUUCACGACGUGGAUCCGACUUGGAGUCAAACUACAAACUUCCUGAGGUGGAAGAUGCCUUGGACUCGUAUCCUGAAGGCGGGCUGGAGGCUUGGCUGGUCGUCCUUGGUGGAUGGUGUGCUCUGGUGUGCACUUUUGGACUCAUCAAUUCGGUUGGGGUGUUUGAGCAGUAUUAUGUAUCUGGGCCUUUAAUGGAGUACAACCAAUCGACUGUGAGCUGGAUUUUGUCCGCGCUGGUGUUUUUGCAAAUCUUUUGCGGAUCAAUAUUUGGCCUCAUGUUCGACAACUACGGGCCGCGGUGGCUCUUGUGGGUAGGCUCAAUCACCUUCAUCUUCGGCCUCAUGAUGCUCUCCUUCUCCACAGAGUACUCCCAGAUUUUCCUCUCCCAGGGCAUUGUUUCGGCAAUCGGAUCCGCCGCCGUGUUCCACGCGGCCAUGUCCUCCAUCGCCAGCUGGUUCCAGAAGAACCGCGCCGCUGCUUAUGGCGUCCUGGUCACGGGCUCUUCUUUCGGCGGGAUUUUCUGGCCCCUUAUGAUGGAUAAACUGAUUGCAAAAAUUGGGUUUCCAUGGAUGAUGCGAGUCAUGUCGCUCAUAUUCCUGUUUCUGCUUGCCUUUGCGUGCUUGACGGUCAAGUCGAGGUUGCCACCGAAGCCGCGCCAAUUCGUCUUAAAGGAGUACUUGGACAACCUUAAAGAUAUCCGUUUGGCGGUUACUUCUGUGGCUGCGGUUUUCUUCAUGUUGGGCAUGUUUUUGCCAUUCAACUACGUCCUACUUCAGGCUGAAAAAGCUGGUUUCUCUCCGACUUUGAUUCCGUAUCUACUACCCAUACUCAACGCCGUGAGUAUCUUUGGGCGAGUUCUUUCUGGUGUUACUGCCGACAAGGUUGGUAAAUUCAACAUGAUGGUAUCAAUCACGUUUGUCUCUGCCCUCGUGUGCCUCGUGGUUUGGAUCCCCAUCAAGAGCGUCGCUGGCAUUAUUGUUUUCGUUGCUAUAUACGGCUUUGCUUCUGGAGGCUUCAUCGGCAUUUGCACGGUUUGCGUCGCGCAAAUAUCUGACAUUAGCCAGAUAGGCACUCGAGUCGGUACACUUUUUGCCAUCGAGUCUGUUGGAGCGCUGAUAGGAAGCCCUAUCGGGGGUGCGAUAGUGGCGGCCCAAGAUGGCGACUAUUUGGGUUUGCAGCUUUUUUGUGGCUGUUCUAUGAUGAUAGGAAGUAUACUGUUUGUCUGGGCGAGGUAUAUACAAGUUGGGUUCAAGCUUGUGAAAGUGUAA